CCGUCAAAGAAGCGAUUCAGGCGGCCGCAGUCGAUGGUUGCGUGAAGAUGCGUGCGGAGAGCGUCGCUCAGAAGGCAAUCGGCGACAGCCUUUCCGACGGAGGGGCGGUCUUCACCGCAAUCGCCAGUGAAGCCGAUCGGCUCGCCGACAUGAGCUUCCCCUACCGCAAGCAGCUCCGGGGCCUGAGUGCGCCGCAGUGGGCCAACACGUGGGCUGCGUUGAUGGCAGACCCAGACGACCUCUCGGCCGCCGCAGAUGCCAUGAGAGACCCGUCCCUUGCGUCGAUCAUGGCGCUCCAGGCAGCUCACCCUGAUAACGCAGAGCUUCAG